AUGGCUGCGGAAAAGUACUACAUCAAGGACGCAAUCACGAAAUCUGCGGUUCACCACGAGUCCUUUGAGAAGUUGUGGGAGACAAAAUGGAAGGCCCCAUGCGCCAUGGGCGUAUAUCCAUUCAUGUUUGGCAGCAUCAAAGACUUUGAACCCGUUGCGCAAGACAUCAUAAAGAAAGGCCUGAAGGAACCCUACGACUGGGACGAGUAUGCCCGGAUGUUCUUCCCCAAAGCCGAAGAGUUGGCAAACAUAGCCGUCGAGGCAGAGAAAGCCGGUGAGAAAGAGAAGGCUUCUGAAUACUACCUGCGAAGUUCAGCAGUCUACCGGAUCUCGCGAUUCCCCGCGCCUCGGUCGGAACAGCAGCGAUAUGCUUGGGCAAAGGGCAAGGAGGUUUUCUAUAAGGGCGCAGGACUCAUGGAGUAUCCUAUCACUGAAGUCCAGGUCCCCCACAACCAUGCCAUCGAAGGCGAAGGCAAAGUCGUCCCUAUCAAUUUCCUCCUUCCUCCUGGAGCGUCGGCCGAAAACCCCGUCCCUUGCGUGUUCAUCAUCACCGGCCUGGAUGGCUACCGGACAGAAUUGGCGGUGUGGCAGCAGGGUUGGCGGUCAAAGGGAGUAGCCUCGAUUAUUGCCGAGAUUCCUGGCACUGGCGACUCUCCUGCACUGCGGUCGGAUCCUACUGGACCAGAUCGACAAUGGUCCAGUGUUCUUGAUUGGUUGGACACGCAAAAGGCAAUCGACAGCAAGAAGGUCGUGGUCUGGGGAUUUUCAACAGGAGGCUACUAUUCCCUCAGAUUGGCGCAUACCCACCAUGACCGGCUGCUGGCUUGUAUCAGCUUGGGUGGAGGAGCACACCAUAUGUUCGAUCGAGAGUGGCUCGAGAAUACCAACAAGCUGGAGUAUCCAUUCGACCUUGCAAACACCUUAACUUACAAAUUCGGUUAUCCCGACCUCGAGUCGUUCAUCCAGGAAGCUGGCAAGUUCUCCCUCCUCAAUGACCGAACCCUGGAGAAACCUUGCACAAAGGUUCUGCUGGUCAAUGGCAACGAUGACGAGAUUUUCCCCAUCGACGACAUGUUCGUGGCUCUGGAGCACGGUCAGCCCAAGUUAGCGAGGAUGGUGAAAGGCAAGAAGCAUAUGGGUGAACCAGACAGCUUCUUCAUCAUCCUCAAAUUUAUUCAUGGGCUGCUGGGUCUGGAUGGCAACUUUAUGGAUCAGAUGAAGAUGCUGCCCAGCCGGCCGAAGUAUUAG